AUGAAGUUCUCCACUACCGCUCUUGCUCUUGCCACCAUUUUUGCUGCCUCCGCCGUUCAGGCCCAGAAGAUUGAUGCCGAGGGAGACACCCCUGCUCCCGCAGGCUCAAACGGCCAGAUUGAUCCUGUUGCUCACAACGGUGUCCUUGGUGAGGCUGUUGUCGUGACCAACACUGCUGUUCCCCCUCCCGCCAAGACCCAGAGGGCGGCUGCUGCUUCUGAGACCCAGCCAGCAUCGGACAACACCAAUGCCUCAAACGACACUACGAACGACACCUCGAACACCAACAACAACUCGGAUAACAAAACCCCGAACACUAACACUUCGAGCACCAGCGUCUCGAACACUAACAGCUCUUCGGGUUCUUCGAACUCGUCGGGUUCGUCGGCCUCGUCAAACACUAACGCUUCGAGCAACAGCUCCUCGAACGACAAGGCUUCGAGCAACAACGCACCAAAUGCCAACGCCUCGAGCAGCAACUCCUCGAACUCCAACGCAUCUAGCAAUGACAGUUCGAAGAGCAAUGCCUCCAGCGGCAACUCUUCGGGCAGCGGCAACUCUUCGAGCAGCGGCAGCUCUUCGGGCAGCGGCAGCUCUUCGGAGAGCGGUAACGCUUCGGGCAACGGCUCGGGCAGUGGCUCGUCGGGCGCUCCUGCCGUCUCUGCUCCGGCUGGCUCUGCUGGUUCCUCCGGCUCCCCUGUUGCGUCGGGUGCUGCCGAUGUCUCUGUCGCGGUUUCGGAUAAAGGCUGA